AUCUAUAAAACCUGAACGACAAGUGAAUUAUAAUAAGGAUGUACAUCAACAGUCUUCUUCAUCACAACAUUCGGCCAGUAAUUCGCUUGCAAACGUUUCAAAACAUAAAUACUCGGAAAUAACUGAAAAUUUACUAGAUACGAUGUUAGAAUUCGUUCACACAAAAAAUGAUUCACUAUGGGAUUUAAUUUAUGAGGAUAAAGAGUCGGAUAUCAAAGUUUAUAAAAACGAUAAAAUAUCAAGUUGUUGUUAUAAAAUCACAAGCACGAUGGAAAAUACACCUCAGACUACUUUUGAUUUAUUGGCCGACGUCAGAAGAAGGCCCGAAUGGGAUCCUAUGACCGCUGAAGCCGGAAUUGUUGAGGUUAUCGACGAAUCUACUAGGAUUCAGUACGUCAAGAUGAAAGCAGUAUUUCCAACAUCAUCAAGAGAUGUUGUUACUAUAGGGUACACAACACAGCUUGAGGAUGGUAGAAUGGUUAUGGUUAAUAGAAGUAUUGAACAUAGAUUUUGUCCGGAAAAACGAGGUGUUGUGAGAAUUGAAGCUGGAUGUGCCGGUGUUGUCGUUGAACCGAUUCAAGAUCAGCCAAAUAAGUGCCAUGUAACUCAAAUUGUUGAUGCUAAUCCAAAAGGAUGGAUUCCUAAAUCUGUAAUUGCAUUAGUGUCAACAAGAGAUAUGCCAGCAUCCGUAAAAAAGUUGAAUAAAUUACUUGCAAAAAUGCCAUAUCAAAGCGUUUCAAAAAUACUUUCACAUACCCCGUUCAUACCUAAAGUACCAACAAGAUCGUUAACACCACCAAUCUCUUCAUCUUCCUCAUCAUCUUCUUUAUACCAAUUUCAUAGAAAAAUUGAUUCCUCGAUUAGUGGAGAAACUUUUGUUCAAGAUGGUAGUGAAACAGAUAGAUCCGUGGAAUCCUUAUCAAACGAAAGGGAAAAUCAUAAUAAUAACAGAUCUAUCAAUAGAUUUUCUGCUUCUGCUUUUUGGUUGACCUUUAUACAAACUAUUUUAUUCGUUGGAGGAAAUUCACCCUUUAGGGGGGGUCCUUUGAAAGGCGAAUCAAGCAAAAAAUCGAACGGUGUUGGUAGUACCGGAAGAUUCAUCUUUGCCGCAGCUGCUUAUACUUUGGUAUUAAUUGCUGGUAUUAGAAAAUGGCGUAACAGGAACGUUAUCUAA